GGACUCACAGCUGAGGAAACAUUAGUCAUGAUCUUCAGCGUGACACAUGUCAGUGAGCUCAUCUGGUUUAAAGGCUGACUAAAGGCCUUUCAUUUUAUUUUAUAUGCCUGGUUCCGUCAAAUCCCAGCUCCCUCUCUCUCUGUUGACCGGGAUCGUGUGCGUGAGUUGACGGCAGCUCAAACGAAGAAGAGUGAUGUGAGGCAAACGCUUGCUGAAAUCUGUGUGCGCGCCUCUGUGCGAGCGAGACGGGCUGUGAAAAAAGGGAAGUCAGGCUGGUGACGGACACGCCUAGGUCCCGCCCCCUCCAUGACAAAGACAUGAUUUGCGGCCACACACCUUUUCUCAUUUACACUUGUGUGAACUAUGUGGCGGCCGCCAUGCAAACGCUUGGAUUAAAUGUUAACAUGGACACGUUCGGUAAACUGACCGCUCCAGCCACCGCAAAGAUUCGGCAGCUGCAGAAGAUGGUUCAAGACAUAAAGAAGAACGACGGCAGCUUUCUGGACAAACUCAAAAGACUGAAAAGCAAGCCGGUUCCAAAGGUUCCUGCAAGAGACUACAGAGACAACAGCAGAGAAAGUGACGAGCAAAGCUCCGACCCCGAUUAUAACAAUGACACGUACGAGGACCCGCACGACGAUGACAGCUACGAGCCUCCUCCUCCCCACAGAGUCCUCCCCACGGCGCCUCUGACUGCUUUCCCCAAGGGCGAGUACCUCGACAGCUGCCGUAACGGGCCCAGCCGGCCACCCAGAAAGCCCCUGCGCCCCCCCAAAGGCUCCAAGCAACUGCCCCCAGAACCCACCCAAGCGGAAACCGAUGAAGGAGACUACAUCAAUCCAGAUGAUGACAACUACAUAGAACCCGAAGAAAAUCCACCCGCAUCUCAAGAUGGCAGUGGGGCAGGAAACCGCCGACCCUCCGUGACCCCAGCGAUACCAGAGCGCUCGCCCAGUCCUGACUGUUAUGAAGUUCCUGAUAAAGAGGUACGACGUCACACACACAACAAACAUCCUGUCAUGAGACAUGUGGAGUUUGCUUGUUUGCGAGAAACAACACAUACGUUAAUCCAUGAGAACUCGUUACGUCUUCCAAGCAGACUCACAACUAAAUCGCAUGCUUUCCGUCCGAAGCCGAGCCCCAGAUUGAAUGUGAGGCAACUUCCUUCUGAGCCCACAGGCGAAGAUGAAUAUGAAGUGUGUGAUCAAAGUUCUUCCAGUGAUGUGCCCGACGACCGCCCUCCUCUUCUCCCCAGACCUUUGCUCAGAGAGAGGUCGCCCAAACCACCUUCAAGGCUGAGGCCAGAAGUCAAACCAAGAGAAUUUGAAAGUCGAACGCUGCCGGCGUCGCACGCCAACCACAAGCCGCCAACUAAAACGUUCACGCUGGACGUGAAACGGCCAAAAGUUCCUCUUCCACAUAUUACCACACCAAAACCAACUGACGGAGCAAGUGUUUCUGAUGAAAGCGGCUCAACAGACCAGGAUAAGAACACCGAUUUCCACAAGAAGCCGUGGUUCGCCAACGGCUGCGACCGCAAGACCGCCGACGACGCCUUGUUUCGCCUCAACAAGGACGGGGCGUUCAUGGUGAGGAGGAGCUCGGGUCAGGACGCGCAGCAGCCGUACACGCUGGUGGUGUUUUACAAGGGCAGAGUGUACAACAUCCCCAUCCGCUUCAUCCCAGCCACCAAGCAGUACGCUCUGGGGAGAGAGAAGAGAGGGGAGGAGUUUUUCAGCAGCAUCUGUCACAUCAUCGAGAACCACCAGAGGAAUCCUCUGGUGCUGAUCGACAGUCAGAGCAACACCAAGGACGCCACCAAGCUGUGCCACCCCACCAAGCCCUAGGCGGCGCUCACGCCCACAGAAACCACCUCGCUUUCAACUUUCAAACGUGGCGUGGGUUCCAUUUAAUGUCAUUGUGCUGGACUCGGGCCUGUGUUGCUGGCCAUGCAGAGCUGAAGCGGCACCGACUCAGAGAACAUUACAACUCAUGUUUUAUUGAGAUUUGCUUUUUUUAAUGCUCAGGCAGUGAACAGUGUGUUGAAGUUAAUGCGGGGUAUGAGACAGUUUCGCUGCAGCAGAGAGAAGCAGAUAUACAAAUAAUUUAUGAGAGCAAUAUUUCAGGGAGCCAGAUGAGAGGUUGUAUAUUUUGUUUAAUAAAACUGAAUUUUCCUUGUGCUGUCA